UUUAUAUUGACAAACUUGAAUAGGUUUAUGACUUUGGCAUCAAGUGUACUUCCUCAUGACCUCUUUCAAGAGGCCAAGUCGUACUACUUAAGUUUGGCAAAUUAUAAUAGUGUCAUACUAACAAAAGACAUCAACUCUGGGCAGGUUGCUGCCACAUUGGAUCUUUUAUCACAAAAUAAGAUUUAUCUUGAUAUGGCUGACAGAGCAAAUUAUAUACAAUCAAAACAAAGUGUAAUAUACCCAAAACUAUCUGCUGGUAUGCACAUGCUUCAGCCAUUGUAGCUUAGACUCUCACACUUUAUCUAUAGUUCCGCUUUGUGAAUUGUAUGUAUAUAAAGGCCUUGACAUCACUGUAAAACGUACAGAGGAUCUGCAAUUACCUACGUCUACGCUCAAAUGGAAACACACCAAAGUAACACCAAUGAAGGAUAUCAACCAUUAUCUCACCAUGAUGAAGACCACCAACCCGCUGAGUCAUCAUAUUUAUAUGGUGCUAAAAGAAUAUGGUGCAUUAGGAGCAUCAUUUGACUGUAUAAGUACCAAAAUUCGAGACUCUAAUCGACAUAUACAAAAUGUGGAUAUAGUAACUGCCUUUGAUACCCUCAUGAAACACGAUCCACCUCUGGUAUACUUGGUUGGAUUUAAUCGCCUAAGAUAUACAGCGGCGGAACAUGUUCAUCAUUGGUUACGCAAGGGAACAAAAGAAGACAUCUACUUGGAUCCUGUGAUGUGGUGCGAUAUCUCUGGGAGCAUCGUACAUCCAGUACUCGAUGGCUGCUGUGAGGUUGUAAUGAGCCGUAUCAUAAAGCGACCUGGAAUACAAUAUUCUCAGCUUCGUGAUGCCUCAAUUGGACUUCUUUCAGAAUAUGAACUUUAUACCAUUUUAAAAUAUCUUGUAGAUAAGAACAAGAUCAUUUCAAGGAAAGUAUGCCAAUCUACAAACAGACGGUCUAUCUUUGGUAGGAAGAAGCUGUGUUUAUCAAAAAAUGAGCUACAUACAGGAGAGCAGAUACAUUACUGGGUUGUAAAUGAUUACUAUCUUUUAUAAAAUAAAAAAUUAUGUACAUAUUGUUGAAUAAUAAAGGGCCUUUGCUCUUUUUAUUCAUUCUUUC